AUGGGCAAGAAACAGUCAGGGUCGGCUGAGAAAAAGCCUACGGAAAAGAAAGGUGGAAACAGCAAGAACACCAACAAAGGUGAUCAAUCCGAGGGCAAAGGAAAGGGUGGUCUGAAGGCCGCAACUACUGUCAACGUCCGCCAUAUUCUAUGCGAGAAACACUCCAAGGCAACUGAGGCAUUGCAGAAGAUCCAGGAGGGGCAGCGCUUCGACAAGGUAGCGCAGGAAUACUCAGAGGACAAAGCUAAAGCUGGUGGCAGUCUUGGCUGGAUGGUGCGAGGGUCUAUGGUUGGUGCAUUCCAAGAUGCUGCGUUCGCCCUUACCCCGUCCACUGUCGACAAACCCAUUUUGUCGCCUUUAGUCAAAACGAAUUUCGGAUACCACGUUAUCAUGGUAGAGGGUCGUAGAUGA